AUGUCUCGGCCUGAAGAUACGCUGCGGAGGAGGAGGAGGAACCACCUUGAUGCUGCAACCGAAGGUGACGGCGGAACCGAUGGUAGUGAUGACGGCGAAGACGACGAUGCUAGUAUUGUCGAGGAAGAGGGAGGUGGACCGCAUGUGUGGGUUGGCAUGGACAUCAGCCCAUCGAUGCUGGAUGUGGCUUUGCAACGUGAUGUUGAAGGAGACCUUCUGUUAGCCGACAUGGGUCAAGGCGUACCGUUCCGGGCUGGGUCGUUCGACGCCGCCAUCAGCAUCAGCGCCUUGCAAUGGUUGUGCAAUGCCGAGACCAGCGACACAUCUCCCCAGGGCCGCCUGUCCCGUUUCUUCAACGGACUGUACGCAUCGCUGCGGCGGGGUGGCCGGGCCGUGUGCCAGUUCUAUCCUAAGAACGACACGCAGCGGUCUAUGAUCACGCAAGCAGCAGUCCGCGCUGGCUUUGGUGCCGGUAUGCUGGAGGACGACCCAGGGACUAAAAACGUCAAGGUGUACCUUGUCCUCACUGUUGGGGGCAACGUCGCCACUGGAAACGGUGAUAUUACCGGCGUGGUCUCGGGUAUGGACGGCGUCGACAUCGUAGACGAGCGUCCAAGGGGGAAGAGCGGUAGAGGUGUGGUGGUAAAAAAGGGAAGCAAGGCCUGGAUUGCGAAGAAAAAAGAGCAGAUGGAGCGCAAAGGAAAGAUCGUCAAGGCCAACUCGAAAUACACAGGGAGAAAGCGGCGGAUUGCUUUCUGA